UCCUUCCGGGUUUAAUAUGUUAUAUUUGAUGAAUAUGGACUUUUAGUCGUUAAGUUAAUGGGAUUUUAGUUAAAAAAUUAUUUACAUACAAUCCCGUACAAUGCAACCUAACUUAAAAACUCUCCCCAUUUGUGGUCACUCAUGGACUCACCUGUAGAGAGAUUGUAUGUUUAGUACCAUUGACCGGUUCCCAUUUGUCCCAUACACAAUACAGUUACCACACCGGUCAAGAUUUGGGCUGGGACAUUUCUCUUAUUUCUACCAUGCUCGCGAUGCAGACUGUGUGAAAGGACAAACAGAAAAUAGACGCAAGCAUACCAUGUCAACGAGCCAUAGCUUUGAAAAUCCCGCGUUCUCCGGUGCAUCUGAUGAAAAUUUACCAGACCAGAAAAAGUCGCCGUACUAUCUUGCUUCUCCAGGUUCUUCGCAUUCAUCUAAAAUGUCUACACGUUCACUGUACUGCGCAGCUCUGACCGGGAUUAUCGUGUUCGCACUCGGUCUUGGGCUAGGAUUUUUGAUUGGAUAUUUUGCCUACAAGGCACCAGGAGAGGGCACAUCAGCGACUGGGAACUCUGCUUCCAAUUCGGCUACCAUGAAUGGAGCAACAACGCCAUCCGGCAGCACGCGACCACCAACCACCCAGUCCACCAGACCACCAACCAGUGCUUGUAACGGCGUGUGUAAGGAAGAACUCAAGUGCCCACAAAGUGCGCCAAUUACGCAGUCUGAGUCAUCGUCUUCUAGAGGGAUAUUUGAAAUGGUGACUGCAAGUGAGAUGGAAGAAGUUUAUGAGUUUAUGGUCCAGCAGGGGUUAGUUGACCAGCGACCUUCAAGCGGUUCACCAAGUUUGCAGAAUACUUAUAUCUAUAGCAUAUCGCUGUACCUUCCCAACAAAGAUGAAGCCAUUUCACACUUAGAUGAAGGUUUGGCGUCUCCUGGGCGUUACGCAGACGUCCACGUUCAUCGUGGAAAUAGAAACGUCGCCGAUAUCAUGGAAUACAGAGUAGGCCCUCUCGGCGGUGCCAUGACUGCCACUGCUCUAUACAACGAUGGUGAAUUACCCUAUAAUUCUCGCCCAAGAGAUGGAAUUGAAUGGGAUGGAAUCACUGAACAAGUCACUUUAGCCAUGUCUAUUCUCAGACCACUGUUAAUGGAAAGUUUCGACGGGGCUUAUUACCCUGAAGGCGGUAUGACCUUCCAUCCUCAGGCUCCGCCAGGAUUGCUGCCCGAGGAGCGCGAGACGCGGUUUGUCAUGGCACUUUUGGUCGACGGUACAGCACGUGGUCGUGACUUACACCCUCUGCCACUCACUGGAACCGUGCGCAAUCCUGGAACAGACAAAUCUCAGUGGUAUUCUUACAAUUUUUAUUAUUUGAAUCAAGGACCCUUCCGCACGGCUGAAGAAUUACUUGAAGCUUUUCAAAACGGUACCAUAAGGAAGUUUGCAAUGCCUCGAGGUCACCGCCAGACUUUGUUUGAAACCACUUUUCCCAAACAAGAUGGCAACAAACCUCGUGAUAUGUCCAACAAAGCACCGCCACGAACGUAUGAACCAGCUGGCCGACGCUACACAGUGCACGAUCACACAGUGAAGUGGAUGGACUGGGAGUUUACAGUGUUUGGGAGUCAAUUACGUGGCCCAGGAGUGAUGAAUGUCCAGUUCAAGGGUGAACGUAUCGUGUAUGAAAAUUCAUUAAAUGAUGUUGGCUUGAUCUACGCAUCCGAUGUUAGUUCUGGUGCAAACACUGUGUACAUGGACGCGACUUUUGGUCUCGGAGAGUGGCAGAAUGUCAUCAUAGGGGUGGAUUGUCCUGAACACGCCACACUCCUCGAUGCAGCUUGGUGGAACAUGGGAGCUCAACGAUCUGUCUCUGCGAAAGCAAUUUGUAUCUUUGAAAUGGAUGGCCAAGAAGCAAUUUGGAGAAGAAAGGACAGAUUUGCUGCUGGACUGAGAAAUACAUAUCUUGUCGCCAGGUUUCCAAUGUCUGUCGGCAACUAUGACUACACUAUAGAUUUUCGCUUUUAUUUAGAUGGGCGAAUGCAGAGCACGGGGAUGGCGUCUGGGUUCAUCCAGGCAAGCUUUUGGGACCAAGGAAAUCCACAUGCUGGUAAUGACAAAACAACAGAUCCGUUUGGUUAUAGAGUGUCAGAAUACACGCAUGGUGCACUGCAUGACCACACUUUUGGUUUUAAGGUCGAUCUCGACAUCUUGGGUAAAAAGAAUAAAUUUGAAGUGAUUCAUUGGAAAGCCGGAAAUGUCCUCGAUGCUUUAAAAACUCAAAACAACAAUAUAACACUUAAACCCCCGUACUACCUGUAUAACGAGACACGUUUUGUUGAAUGGGAAACGUUGGCGACAGAAGCAGGACUCAAACUUAGUUAUGCGAAUCCCAAGAUCUGGACUGUUGUUAACGAGGAGCACAAAAACAAAUGGGGUGUCCCUCGAGGUUAUCGUAUAGCACCGAUGUCUGCCUAUGGCCAGGUUGUUCCCGACUCCCACCCAGCCAUGGGCGCCUUGUCUUUUACUAAAUAUCAAUGCGCAGUCACAAAACGUAAAGAGGACGAACGUUUUAUCACCGGAUCAUACGACCAAAAUCGAAUGGCAAAUCCAACAGGAUCGUUAGAACGGAUGUUAGAUGGAGAAAACAUCGUGAAUGAAGAUCUUAUCACCUGGGUGAGCGUUGGGUUUAUACACGUACCUACAUCAGAGGACGUCCCGAUGACAGCUCGCGUAGAAACCGGGUUUUGGCUAAAACCAUGGAACUAUUUUGACACCACGGCAGUUUUUGAUGUACCUCAGUAUGUGGACACAAUGGACCACAGCAUCACAGAGAGGCCACCUGCGCCUACGGAUUGCUAUCAACCUGUUAAAGAAAACUGCUAUUUUUGCAAUUAACGUCGCAGGUUGAAAUUGGACAUAUAUACUCUCCUACCCAGGAAAAUAAAACGGUGUCCAGAAUUUAAAACGAUGAGCAGUGGGACAGUGUUGAGUGUAACUAGAUUCCAUGUGUAUCAAUACUGAUGUAACGUAGAAGCACAUUGAUCAGGCGUAUCUCAGUUUAACGUUUUCACAUUUUAACUAUUGUGCUUUAGGUCCAAAUAUUUGAUUUGCUAAAUCCACGUUUUGUAUGCCUUGGGCACGGGACUAAAAUAAUGUAGGAUUUGACAUUACCGACGAAAGUGAAAACGCUAUUGUUAAAAAAUCUACUGAUGCACACCGAUGCGUUUAAUAAUCACGUUUUAAUUGUACUAGGUAAAGUUUUCUACAGCUGUCUUUAUCUUUAACAAUCGUUUAUAAUUUUUGUAUAUAUUUGUUAAAAUGCCAAUUAACAUUUUUGUAAAUUAACUUUUUCAUCGUGCUUUGCAUUUAUAAAUUUGAUGUUAGCUUCUCUUUAUCAUAUAUCUCUUCAUAACGUUUGUUGUUUUAAUAUUCAUGUAUUUGGUAUAGGUUCUACUCUCUGGUGUGAAAGUGAAAUAAUUAUGCUAUAAAUAUACUCUAUAUUCCGCA